AUGGCCCACUGGAGAGAUGAGUACUUGGCUGCCCUGACAGUUCGAGAUCAGAGAGAGAAGCAAAUGCUUCUCUAUAUGAUGCCUGUCCGUCUUCUGAAUCUUGCAGAUCGCACCAGCAAACUGCAUGCCGUAGCAGCUGCUACGAGCACCAGCUCAACGCCUAGACAGAGCGACUCUCAAAGCAUUCCAGCUCCCUUGGUGGCGCCAUCCAAAAAACAACUAUCUUCUGAAUCAGGCUCUACCCCGACUGAUCUUCUCAAUACAGCGCGUGCAGAGCUGUCCGAAGCACAGCGCUCCCGGUAUGACUUGCAAGACCGCUUAAACCGAGCGAGCAAGGAGUUAGAAAAGCUCCACAGGAAGGGUAAUCUGGAUGAUCGACGCAUUAACACUCUAGAAAGCGAGAAGGUGCAUCUGCAGCUCCGUUUGAAAGACAGGGAUGCCGAACUGAAAGGGAAAGCCAAGCUUCUAGAGGAUUUCCAAGACGAGAUGGCAACACUGAACCUUCAACUCAACAUGGCUGAGGAUCGUUCAGCUCGGCUUCAAAAGGAGAACCAGGAUCUGGUGGAUCGUUGGAUGGCGAGGAUGGGCCAGGAAGCUGACGCCAUGAACAAGGCAUCAAAAUUUUCUUAA